UGGUGUCACUCACACAAUCGCUGGCCCUAAAACACUAUAUUAUGGCUCACCUUUUUACUAUUCAAAUUCAAAUAUAACAAAACCGAUACACCCCAGAAAUUUUGGAUUCCAACUCCAAAACGAGAGAGAACAACAAGAAAAACAGACAGUGCUCACACAACCACAACGGGAGGAGAAAAGGGUCUGUUUUUCCUGUUAAUUCUUCUUCGUCUCAACUCAAUCAAACAACAUAACCCACUUCUCCCCCUUUCUUCCAUUUUUUCACUAAGCUGAAGAACUCAAUAUGGUGGCAACUGCUGCUACGUCGUCGUUUUUUCCUGUGACUUCGCCGUCACCGGAAUCUGGUGGAAAAGGCAAGAGAAUCGGGGGUGGUGGCUCUGCUAACCUCAAUGGACUCAAAUCCAAACAUGGGUCUACUGGUGGCUUGCACGUUAAGGCAAAUGCACAAGCCCCUCCAAGGAUCAAUGGAACCGUGGUUUCUACUACCCCUGCAGAAACUGUGAAGCGUGAGGGUGAUUAUCCAUCAUCAUCAUCAUCAUCAUCAAGCCCUCCGCCGAGGACUUUCAUCAACCAGUUGCCUGAUUGGAGCAUGCUCCUUGCUGCCAUCACCACCAUCUUCCUGGCUGCAGAAAAGCAGUGGAUGAUGCUUGAUUGGAAGCCGAGGCGGCCUGACAUGCUCAUUGAUCCUUUUGGGAUAGGAAAAAUUGUUCAGGAUGGUCUUGUCUACAGGCAAAACUUUUCUAUCAGAUCCUAUGAAAUAGGGGCUGAUCGAACCGCCUCUAUAGAGACGUUAAUGAAUCAUUUACAGGAAACUGCACUUAAUCAUGUGAAGACUGCUGGGCUUCUUGGUGAUGGCUUUGGUUCUACGCCAGAAAUGUGCAAAAAGAACUUGAUAUGGGUAGUGACCCGGAUGCAGGUUGUGGUUGAUCGUUAUCCUACAUGGGGUGAUGUUGUUCAAGUAGACACUUGGGUUGCAGCAUCGGGGAAGAAUGGUAUGCGUCGUGAUUGGCUUGUGCGUGACAUAAAAACGGGUGAAAUCUUAACAAGGGCUUCCAGUGUGUGGGUCAUGAUGAAUAAACUAACAAGGAAACUAUCUAAAAUGCCAGAAGAAGUCAGAGGAGAAAUAGGGCCCUAUUUUGUGGACUGUGCUCCAGUUGUGGACGAGGAUAACAGAAAACUACCUAAACUUGAUGAUGCAGCUGGUUUUAUUCGCAGUGGUUUAAGUCCCAGAUGGAGUGAUCUAGAUAUUAACCAACAUGUUAACAAUGUGAAAUACAUAGGGUGGAUUCUGGAGAGUGCUCCACAGGCAAUUUUGGAGAGUCAUGAGUUGUAUUCCAUGACUUUGGAGUACAGGAGGGAAUGUGGCAGGAACAGUGUGCUGCAGUCACUAACUGAUGUCUCUGGUGCUGAUGUGGGCAACAUAGGCGGCGGCGGAUUUGUCGAGUGCAAGCACUUGCUUCGACUUGAUGAUGGUGCUGAGAUUGUGAGGGGUAGGACUGAGUGGAAGCCCAAACCUGUGAACAACUUUGAUGCUUUGAAUCGAGUUCCAGGAGAAAGUGCCUGAAUAUAUUGGCCGGUUGAUCGAUCGCUGGAGUGGCAUCAUCUGGUGUAGAUUGGAAAUUUACCUCUCGCCUUGCUUGGUUUUUAUCAGAUCUAUGUGUCCUAAAUAUAUAUACUUAUUUGUGUUGAUUGGAUGGAUAAAAGAAAAAAGAGGAGAGGGGCGAGUAAAAGAAAAACUCCAUUGUCAUUGUAAUUGGCUCCUGCUUUGUCCUCCCUUUCAGCUCCAUGUUCCAUUUCAUUUAUGGUUAUGCGAGUGCUAUGUGUCAUCAAUAUUUUUAUUUGUUUUGUCAAAAUGGCUAAGCAUGUAUAUUACUAUCAAUAAUUAUUGUCCAUUUUUUAAGGAUGCAAUUAUCCUUUUGAAAAUACCAGCACUUGUCUUGAAGGCAAUGACUUUUUCCUGUC